GCGACUCCGGGCGGACAUGGUCUUGAAGCCAGCUCACUUCUCUCUUUUCUUACUUUUACUUCAUUUUAUUUAUUUUUUUAUUUUAUUUUUUGACAGGCAGAGUGGACAGUGAGAGAGAGAGACAGAGAGAAAGGUCCUCCUUUGCCAUUGGUUCACCCUCCAAUGGCUGCUGCGGCCAGCGCACCGCGUUGAUCUGAUGACAGGAGCCAGGUGCUUCUCCUGGUCUCCCAUGGGGUGCAGGGCCCAAGGACCUGGGCCAUCCUCCACUGCACUCCCGGGCCACAGCAGAGAGCUGGCCUGGAAGAGGGGCAACCGGGACAGAAUCCGGUGCUCAAAUGGGAUGUUAGUAUUGUAGGCCAGGGUGUUAAACCACUGCACCACAGCACUGGCCCCAUAAAUAAAAUCUUUAAAAAAAUGCACAUUGGACAGUUAACUCAGAAAUCAGGAAAAGUGACCAGCUAACAUGUGAAAACUUCACAAUUUAGGUUUUCAAAUUAAUGAAAAUAUAAUUAUAAAUUCAUCAAUAUUGUGUCAUAGAGUUCUGAAAUUUUACUCUUGUGAGGAUUUUGUAAUCUGUUUCCCUUCUAUUUGUUUAUUGAUUAUUUCUAGAAGAUUGCUGUGUGCUAUCAUUCAUAUUUUUAUUUUUUCUUUAUUUUAAAAUUAUUGUUUUAAUUGCCCAUAUUUUUGUGGUAUAGUAUGGUAAUAGAUUCAUAUAUACAAAUGUGCAAUAAUUAAAUCAGGCUCAGAUUUUUUUAAAGAAUGGCUUUUUUUUGAGAAAAAGAGAAAGAGCUACCAUUUGUUGUUGCACUCAUGUUCUUAAAGAUUUCUUUGAAACACAGAGAGAAAGAGAGAGGGUGACAUGGAGAAGGACAUCUUCCACCACCACUUCUUUCAACAAGUGGUUAUAACAGCCAGGGCUUGGGUAGGUGGAAGCCUGCAGCCAAGAACACCAUUUAGCUCUCCUGUGUGGUCAUCAGAGUAUGCACAAGUAAUCAAAAUGCUGGGAAAUGGACGAUUAGAAGCAAUGUGCUUUGAUGGUGUAAAGCGAUUAUGCCAUAUUAGAGGAAAAUUGAGAAAGAAGGUUUGGAUAAAUACCUCAGACAUUAUUUUGAUUGGUCUCCGAGAGUAUCAGGAUAACAAAGCAGACGUAAUUUUAAAAUACAAUGCAGAUGAAGCUAGAAGUCUGAAGGCAUAUGGCGAGCUUCCUGAACAUGCUAAAAUCAAUGAAACCGAUACAUUUGGUCCUGGAGAUGCUGAUGAAAUCCAGUUUGAUGAUAUUGGAGAUGAUGAUGAAGACAUUGAUGAUAUCUAAAUUGAAUUCAGUUUUCAUUUUCUGAAGACAUUAACUGGGAAUUUUGACCAUCAACUUAAGAAGAAUAGAACUUUAUUUACCAUGAGUAUUGUUUAUUAAAACAAAUUGUCUUAAUUCCGUUUUUUUUUAAUGUAUUUACUAUACUAUAUUUCUUUAAAAAUUGAUGUUGAACCAUCUUAGGUGACAUAUUAAUUCUUUAUUUUUUAUAUAAUGAGACUUAGAAAUAAAACAUUUUUAAAAAAGAGAAAGAAAUGCCUUUUCAACCAUUGACAGUC